UCACUUGUCAUAAACCAUGUCCUUAAUUCUAAAGAGUUGAGCCAAGGAAGGGCAUUCUCAACUGAAACAAGCACAACCGAUCGCUUUCAGGUGCUUCCCUUGUCAGGUCAGUCGCACAUCAGUCCCCCUUGUUCGGUGUUAGUAAAAAGUAACAUGCUUUCGCACGAUUUUUGCCUUGUUCAACCUUAAAAAGAAACAAACUAAUAGUUGUGACGACUACAAUGCUCUCUCCUUCAACAUUCUUGAAGAGAAUUCCCAAAUGGGUCAAUCUAAAAGCAUUCAUUUCUUCAGUAUCUUGCACUAAUACCAUCCAAAUUAACCCAGAAAUCAAUCAAAACACGCCAAACUUUCCUGAUUUUGAUGUAAAGAUUCAAUCUUUGAGGAAUAAAUUGUACCCUGAUAACUUAAUUAAGGUUUUGAAAAGCACCAGUGAUGUUAACUCUGCUGUUAAGAUAUUCAAAUGGGCUGCCCUUCAAAGAAAGUUUAACCACACUGCUGAUACUUAUUAUUGGAUAAUUUUCAAGCUGGGUAUGGCUGGCAAUGUUGAGGAAAUGGAGGGGUUUUGUCAAAAUAUGGUAAAAGAGAGGUGCACAGGUGAAGAAGAUGUUCUUGUUUCAUUGGUUGAUGCUUUUGUUAGAAAUUGUAGGCUUAAUGAAGCAAUGCGUGUUCUUUUUAAUAUGAAUUUGGCUGGUAUUAAGCCUUCAAUUGAUGUGUUUAAUUUUGUUUUGGGUGCUCUUGUUGAAGAGAAGAGAGGGUUUCAAGAUGUGGUUUUUGUUUAUAAGGAGAUGGUGAAAGCAGGAGUGGCACCUAGCAUUGAUACUUUGAAUUAUUUGCUGGAGGUUUUGUUUGAGACAGAUAGGGUUGAUUCUGCUUUGGAUCAAUAUAGGAGAAUAAACAAGAAAGGGUGCCGUCCUGAUGGUAAGACUUUUGAGAUAGUAAUAAAAGGUCUCAUCGCCAAUGAUAGAGUUGAUGAUUCAGUUUCCAUUUUGCAUGAGAUGUUGGAACUCGGAUGCCUGCCUGAACUAAGUUUUUAUAGAACUACAAUACCUUUGUUUUGUAGGGAAGAUAGACUGGAAGAGGGGAUUAGGCUGUUCAGGAAGAUGAAAGAAUCUAAUUUUACCCCGGAUUCUUUUAUUUAUGGAGCUUUGAUACAGUGUUUGUGCAAGCAGCUUAGAUUGGAUGAGGCAGUAAACCUUCUUGAAGAGAUGAUGGAAAGUCAGUUGGAAGGUGAUAAUAAUGUUUUCGUGGAUGUUGUAAAUGGAUUUUGUAAAUUAGGGAAGAUUAAUGAAGCUGUUAAACUCUUGGAAGAUAAACAUGUGCUUGAAACUUCUCCACAUAAUGCAUUGCUCAGAUGUUGUUGUGAUGCUGAUAAAUUUCUCAUGGCUAAAGGUCUCCUUGAGAAGAUGUCUGAGAGAAAUAUUGAUGAUUGCGAUUCUUGGAACAUUCUUAUCAGAUGGCUUUGUGAGAGGGAGGAAAUGGUGAAAGCAUACGAACUUCUAGGCAGAAUGAUUAUAUCUUCUUUGAUUCCUGACUAUGCCACAUAUUCUGCUCUUGUUGCUGGCAACUGUAGGUUAAGCAAGUAUGAAGAUGCUCUGCAGCUAUUUCUUCAGCUUCAUGCCAAGUGCUGGAUUUUAGAUCCUGCUUCUUACUCUGAGCUAAUUGAAGGACUAUGCAGGGGUGAAAAGUAUCUAGAGGCUGUUAAAGUAUUUUGCUACAUGUCUGAGAACAGAUGUUCUCUUCAGUCUUUGCCAUUUAUUAUGCUUAUCAAGGGUAUUUGUGACAUGGGAAUGAUUGGUGAAGCUGUCAGGCUACAAUCGUUGGCUUAUAACUCUGGUACUUCUUGUGUCAAUGCUACAUAUAAUUAUGUAAUGCUCAGAUUGUCUAAAUCAGAGCAGGGAAGACAUGUGCUAGCCUUUCUCUCACGAAUGUUGGUUCAGGGUGGCAAUCUUAAUACAGAAGCAUAUUGCAUUUUGAUACAGAGCUUGAUUGCACAAAAUCGAAUAAAGGAUUGCUCUAUGUUUCUCAAUGUGAUGAUUAAUAAGGGUUUAGUACCUGAUUCAGACACAUUAUAUAAUCUACUGUCAUGUUUGGCCAAGCAUUCUCAGUUGUACUUGAUUUCGGUUUCACUUGAUAAACUUGCUUCUGACUGUGAAGUUCUAGAUUCAGCCAUGUAUAACAUACUUAUUAAUGGCAUGUGGAAAGAGGGCAAUAAAAAUGAUGCUCGUCGACUGUUAGACUUGAUGUUGGAGAAGGGUUGGGUCCCAGAUGCUAUGACCCAUGGGUUGUUGAUUGGCUCUGCUGAUAUGGAGGAAAAGGGUGAGGGGAUGUUGGCAUAUGUUGAUCUUAGCACCAAAGAUGGCGUUGGUGACAUACUAGCUGAGGGAUUGGGGGAAACAUGAAUCUGCUUUCUGAGUUUUGGAAAGAUAGAAGAUCUCAAUUUCUUACUCAUUGCCAAGUCCAAAUGGUCAACCUGCAAAGUUUUCUGGUGGCUUGGAACUUAAAGGUGACUGUAAACUGGAGAGAUGAUGGGUCUUCCAGGCCAGGUGACAAUGUCAUUCUUUAGGUUUUUGCUUUUGCUUUGAACGAAAAGAAGUGAGUUUCUCCAGUUUUCCCAGAAUUAUUGCUUGGUUGUUAGGUGCAUCACUGUUGUGAUUUUGCUGGCUCUGUCAACAGAGGUACAUGAUGUUCUCUUUGAUGCUUGGUUCGGAUCCUGUUAAUACCAUCAUUCAUUUCUGCAUAAUUUUGUCAUUAGCUGCCCAAAACAUUAAUUCAGGCACCUUCCGAGGACUAAUUGCAGCUAUUCCAGUUGUUGGACUGCUAAUACUCAGGGACCCCUUUGCAGUAGCAUUGCAGAUGGUGCAAGAACUAAAGCCUCAGUUCGUUAGCCUUAGUAGACAACAGAGGGAAUUGCUCGACUUCCUGAUUUAUCGUCUUGCCAGUAGGAUGAAAUCUUCUACUGACAUGUCUGAUGCUUUUGGCAGUUGUGUUCGUUUUUGUUACUUUUUUCGGAUGCAUUUUUCUUUCAGCGUGAGGAAUUGAGGCUUGCUUUAUGUUCGAAAGAGAAUGAGGCAGUUUACUGAACUUGAUCAAUAUGGUUGAUCCCUUUCUUUUUGGCACUGCAUACCAUGAGGCUACUGAAUCUUUGCUUGUGUUCUGGAUGUUUGCAGGUUCUUGAAUUCGUAUGGCAUGGAUGAUGUUUGCUUGCUUCAACUGAGCUACGUCAAAAACCUUCAUUUUUCUUCUUGUGUUUCGGUGUUAUUAACAUAGCCUGGCAUUUCCCUUCAGCAAUGAAGAGUGAAAUGCCAAGGCUUUUUUUACUUUAUUCCUCGAAGAAAAUUGACCUUUUUUUUAAAUUUCAAACUUUUUUUUAAUUAAAAUUUUUUUUCAAUUUCAUCAUUUAAUAUUAGAUUAUUAUGUAUUGGAUUUUAUAAUUUGUUUUGAUGGAGUUAUUCCGAUCUCAUGAUCUGAAUCACGAGUUUUGCGGGUUAGCCGUGUUGACUUGAGUCAUUUUUUAAUUAAAUUAUUUUUCAAUUCGAUCAUUCAACAUUGAGUUAAUUGAAAAUUAAGCUUCAUAAUUGUUUUUUAAUUUCUUUUUACGAGAUUAUCACAAUCUCAUAAUCGGGUUCACGAGUUUUACAAGUUAGCUAAGUUGACUAGAGUUUUUUUGCUUUUUUUAUUGAAUUUUUUUUUUAAUUUCAUAUUUUAAUAUUGUGUUGAUUGGAAAUUGAAUUUUAUAAUUUUUCUUGAUUUGUUUUAUAUGGAAUUAUCCUGGUUUCCUAACUCUGGUUUAGCGGAUUGAUCUGGAUUGAUUCAGGUUAUUUUUUUGUUCAUUUUUUUUUUUAUUUUUUUUUUAAUUUUAUUCUUCAAUAUUGGAUUGAUUAAGAAUGAAUUAUUAAAAAUUAAAUUUUAUAAUUUAUUUUAGUUUGUGUUUUAUAAAGUUAUUCCGGUCUCAUAAUUUAGAUAAUAAGUUUAGUUGGUCUCUUAAUGGAGGCAAUGAUACAGGACGCAUAUUUUGGUCUUGUGCUUUAGAGUAGUAGCAUAUGAACUAGCCUUGUGUGUGUGUUGAACAGGAAACUAUCUGUCUGAGUUUUGAGCUGUUGGAAGAUGUUUGAGAUUUGUCAAAUCAUCAAGUAUGAGCGUUGAGAGUCUAUAUGGAUGCAAUCACUGAAUGCGGCUUGUUAAUGUGUUGGUUUGCCAAGUAAUUAGAGUAGCUUCCCUCUCUGGUUGGGACUGUUCCUUCAACCUUAAUUAGGGUGGCAUCUAAAUUGAUCGACUGAAUGUGAGCAACAUUCAUCUCAGUGAAGCGCUAACCCUCCCAGAAUAGCACUGGCAAGAGGAAGAUGUUAGAGGAAACAGGCAUCGGUGUUGCUGGUACGUACAGCUCACUGAAAGAGAAGCCAAAUCAACGAUCAUCCCAAGUGAUUUUUGUAAAGAAGGUAGUCUUUAGGCUGUUAUUAAUGGAUUAAAUAACAUCGAUGCCUCCCAUCCCUUCAAUGUCCAGGAUUCGAGCCUCUACUUUGUACCAAAAAAAAGACUUGCUGCAUUCUCUCUGUUUCCUGUAUUUGAUCUGUCCUGGGUUCAUUUGCAUAAAAGCAAACUUAGUUAGCAACGCUAAUUCAAGAAUCAGAUGGGCUUAUCUUUUAUGGGUCCCGUUGAAUGCAAAGGCAAAACUAGCUGGUUUGACAGAGAGGGUACAAAUUUUGGACCAGCAAGGAGAGGGAGGCAGUAGAAAAGUAGGGUUUCAUCAAACAAUAUUUGAAUAGCUUACCCAGUUCUGUACACACCCCUAGGCCCCAGUAACAUACGUUCUUCACAAUACCAAGUCAAUAAAAAAACAGAAACAAA